AUGGAACUAUGGCCCGAACCAGAUGGCAACGGCGUAUCAGCGGCUCUUCCGUCAGGCGAUUUGAUUUCUCGUAUUCAUAGCAACUUUACAAACAGUCGAAAAUGGGUUCGUCCGGAUCGUUACUACAACCUUAACGAGAAUACCUACACCUCAGGAGGCUUGGGUCUUGGAGGGUUCUUACGAUCGAAAUACAGGUCCGUCUCUGAUCCCAAAGCAAAGAACCCUGACCAACUGGUAGAAGAUUUCCGCUACACUACUCUCACCGUACGUCGGUACUUUUUUAAACACCACCUUUAAAUCUUCGGGUUAAUUGCCAUCAAGAUUUUUAGAAACCCAUUUUUAGAUUCCUCUGAACUUCCUUCCAGCACACUUUUCAGUAGUAAUUUACCAGCGAUUAUCAUACAAUGAAAAAAUGCGAUGAACGUUUUUUCCGUAAUCUUUAUGAUAUUGAUAGGUGCAGUAGCUUUAGACUAGUGAAAGUGUGCCCAUCCACCAACGAACUAAAACUGGUUAGUAGUACUGCAUAAUUUAACUUUAUCCAAAAGCUUCACGUCAGGAUUUUUGACCGAGUGCUGUGUGCAAUCCUCGGACAAGGUUCUGUUAUGGUGUUUCGCAAUACUUGGCGGAGUCGCUAACUCCGAAACCAUGAUUCGGGCAAUAAAAUUUUUAAUCGUCUUGCCCAAGUGUGAAUUCGCAACUUUUCAACUAGUAUGCUACCUUGUGGUAGCGAGAGCCCUUUACUUCUUACCCGUCUUCUCCGCAAGGCCCGUGGUGCCAGACAAACUUCGCAGCACAACCAAUUUUCGUCUGACUGAAGAUGAAUGCGAUGUCUUACCGAUAGCGUCUAUUUACUCAUGCGUCAAUGUAAGUGCCGUCAAUCACUACGUCUUAACUCGCUCCACGCGUGACCCCAUCCUCUGUUUUAAACUCUACGGUAGUUAAUUUGAAUAAGAUUUAUUGUGGAUGGUCGCGUGAAUGUGAUGUUCAUCGACUUGUCCCGGGUACUUCACGAAAGCUGUACCAAAUUAUCCGUCAGGCAGUUGCUAAGCCCCGACAUUGAGUGACUCUAUUCGUGAUGCGAACGGCAGCUUUAUUGCUAACAUCUCGAUCAAGAUCGAUCGCUCGCAUGAGCAAUGUAAGCGCUCUUUUAACUUUUAUGAGCAACCCAUCACACCCUCGCUCUCCUCUUCAGCGGAGUUUUAUCCCUCCGUAUCCUGCGACCCCCUUUUGAGAGUGAAUUCGCCGAUAUAAUACGGAGGCCGCACAACAAUAAGGCACCCAGAGGGGUCGGUAUUUCUCCUGAGAUCUACAAGUCUUCUGUAAACAUUCUGACGCAUUGGCUCUAUAAGGUGAUUGAACAAGCGUGAAGAGAUGAGAUAAGUCCUAAUGCCUGGGGCUUUGGCAUCCUUGUAUCUGUCCUCAAGAAGGAUGACGUGAGAACAUGCGAGAGCUAACGUCUUAUCGACGUUGCCGCGGAAAUUUUCGCUGUCAUCUUCCUCAGGUGACUCCAGGCUGUACGUGAGUCUACGACGAGGUCCAACCAGGCCGGAUUCCGAGCUGAACAUAGAAGUGUGAACCAGAUAUUUACACUGAUACGCAUUCAGGAAUUCGGUCGUGGCAAGCGGCAACCGACGGCCGUCUGCUUUGUUGACUUUGCGCCGCGUUCGACUCCGCCCACCACGAGUCCCUGGGGCUGGUGAUGGAAACAAAUUGUUGAAAAUUGUCGAGAUUUACGAAUAACCGCUGGCUACUAGCAAACCGGUACCAAUUAAUGGGCUCAAUAGCUCCACUAACAAAUAAGAACUCUAGUGGAAAUGAAAACGUAAAGGAAAUAUUAAAAAUAACAUUGCGCUCUUCAGGUAUAUUAUUUUUUUGACAAAAGCAGAAAAUGCCGGUGUGCCGGCCAAAAUAAUCGCCAGGAUCAAGGCCAUCUGCCGCUCAACUACCUCGCUAGUUAUAGCCCAUGGGUUUCAUUCUGUUGCACAUUCUAUUCAGCUAUGCCAUUGAUUGAAUGCAUGAGGUGAGUAAACAAGUGUAGAGAGACGAGACCGCUCAUGAUGACCCAGAUUCGGGCAUCCUCGUGCCUGUCCUCAAGAAGGAAGAUGAGACGAGAUGCAAGAACUACCGCGACACAAGCUUCAUCGACGUUGCUGCGAAGAUCUUCGCUAUUGUCCUUCUCUGGUGACUCAACGCUGGAUGUGGAUGUGGGGCACAUUCGGCCUUGACGUUUGUCUGGUUUGUUGACGUCCCCGCUGUAUUCGACACCUUCCAUCGUGAGUCCUUGUGGCGGAUAAUGACACUAGACUGUGUAUCGCUAAAAUAAUCGCCAUGAUCAAGGCCUAUUACCGCCCCACCACUGCGCGAGGUCUGGUUCAUAACAGCCUUCUUUCCGAGGAAAAUGAAUUGCUCACCGGAUCGGGGGACUUUUCUGGCUGACGUUUUGAAAAGCUGGGACUGUUCUCCAUUGUCAAGGCGUCAAGUGAAAAAAUCGAUCAGAAUUUUUGAAUAGACUGCCGGAUUGCUGAUCGAUGUUUUUCUUCUUUUGCUGCCUUGGCUUACUGGCCGUCGCCUGUGAGUGUUGGUGGCCUCCUGUGUUACGUUUCGUCACCUCAAUUGGGUUUAGUUGCGUUUGCGUUCCCCUUUUGGGUCAAGUGGUCAACAGGCCGUGUUUGCUCGGUGUUCUUAGGCUCAGUAUGAUUGUUAUGUCUUCGUCACGGUGUAUGUAAUGACGUAGGACUUUAUAGGCCGAAGGUCUAGAUGUCUGUUGAUGGAGUUGGCAUCUGAGUACCAAGCCUCAAGUGUGAGACGCUCAGUCCUUGAGGUGCCCCUGCCUAAGACGGCUGCUCCUUGAAAAUCAAGACUGUGACCAGUUUUCCCGAUGUGAGCCGCAAGCUGUGAGUUUGAGUCUAGUCCCCGAAUUGCCAGUUUGUGCUCAUGUAGGCGGGUCUGCAAUUUCCGUCCGGUUUCCCCAACGUAGUUGCAAUCUCCAUCCUUACAACGUAUUUGAUAGACAACUGCUGAGGUUUCAGUUGUUUGAAGCUCGGUCUGGAUUUUGACAGGGUUGUAUGCUGUCGCUCGUUCUGGAUUCUCGAGAGGGCCUUAUACAAAGGUGACGGUGUUAGAUUUGCACUCGGCCGCCGGUUGACUGAUCUUGACUAUGCCGAUGAUAUUGCCUUGCCUCAAGUUUUGGUGAUCUACAGUCCAUGGUGUCGCAGGUGAACGAGGUCGCUAACUCUGUCGGUUUAUCCAUAAACGUUGGAAAGACUAGUGUUUCCGAGCUGCGUCCCUGACCAGUGAAAGACACCUCUCGGGAUUGAUGGCUGUCAACUUUGUUUUAAAUACCUCAUGGCGAGGCUGCUGUCGAAUGGGCAGAUGCUGCCCACUGAGUUUCCUCAAGCCUUAGAAAAUGCCUAUGGAUCAGACGCGAUACCUUCAUUACCACGAAAAUUCGCGUGUACAGUGCAUCUGUCCCGUUAGUCCUUCUCUAGGGUUGUGAAUGCUGGGCUGUGCCCGUGGAGAACGAGCGAAAAGUGGAGGUAUUUGGCCACCACUAGUUGAGGAUUAUUCUCCGAGCGAAUUACACCGACUUCGUCUCAAAUGAGACAGUCCGCACUCACUGUGACAACAUCGCAAGGAUAAUCCAGGUCAUCCAAGAAAAACGACUGAGGUAGUUUGGGCAUGUUCUUCGUCGUCUCCUCAGGGGCUCAGUGUUACUGUCCUCGAUCCGGCACCGCUACCGCAUUGAAGGUGCCAAAGAGAAGGUCAACUCAAAAUCUGGUUCGACUCAGUUUGUCAAAACAUGGGGGUGGCUCUUGGACCUUCAGUAUUCGGUCUCCGUCGUUGUCGAAGAGAAUGGGUUGAGCUGCCCAGAUCUGCUGCCGCGGAUCUUCACGCGUGGAGAGGUACAGUCCGUGACGUCAUUGAGACUGGGUAGAUCAGGUGUGAUCGCAGCCGUACCGAGUGCAAGUACAAGUAGGCAUUUCAGGACGAGAAAUCAAACAGGGGACUUCGGACAAAAUCGUGAAGUUAGACUCAAAUGCUCCGUGGCCUACUUCAUCUGCUCGUUUUGGACCUGUCCACGGCAGACAAUCCAGAGAAUGUCACACAAGCCUCCCUCACUUUUGCUCGUGCCAAAUGUCGCAAGCUGUGUUGACUUUUAAAACCAACAAAUAGUUAAUGCGACGUGUCUGAGAGUAGUAGCAACCAUCUUUGAGUUGUGGUAACGGCACGUUGUCAGUCAUUUUGGGUUGACUUUCUAUGUUUUUUCAGUAUUCCCUCUGGAGGUAUCGAUCUCUAGUGCUUCGUUCCCACACUCAUCGCGACUCAAACCGUCUCUUAAUCCCUUUACGACGGUAAUUCACCUCCGACUCGUAUUACGCGAAUCGAAAUCUGCGCACGUCACGCUAAAUGGCGUAAGCCGACUUGUUUUGACGUUAGCCGGUGCGGCACACAGCUCGUGACAUUUGCGUCACGACCGCACUGAAGGUCAGAACCGUCUGCCGGUUGAGGUGACUAACAACGCUCGGAAGUUGUUUUUAGGUCAAAAGUGAACAGUCGCAGCGGUCAAUAGCAGUUGGACGUUGCAAGUUAUUAUAUCUGAACGAACCAUUAUCUAACUUAUUGGCAUUUACGUACAGUCCUGACAACUGGCAUAUGCCGCCGACGUACAAAAAAGUUGACUUCCACAUGAGGCGGAAGUGUACAUCUUGACACUUCCACUAAGUACGCAGCUGUAAUGCUAGUAAACCACAUUAACUGUUACGUGAUGCCCAACCGAAGUGACCUUCACCAGCUUGUGACAAAUGCAAGACGUAAUACAUGGGUUCAGUUUAGCCCUCGCAGGACUUCGUUCAGCAAAAUACGACGAGAGAUUAACAAGCAGAGACUGCAAAGGCCAGGAUGACCGUUUGUAACCACUUAAUUGCCGUUAUCCUAGUCGGUUUAGAACAGACCGAUAUCAUGACCGACCUAAAAAGCGGCUUUCGCCCAUGCGCCCUGAAUGAUGGGAAGAAAUCCCCAGUUUCGCUUUUGUCCGGGACUCAGCGUUAGAGCUCUUGCAGGCUGUCGAGUUGCAACGGGCAAACAACAUCGAUGAUCGCCAUCCCCAGGGGACCUCGAAUCCCUCCCUCCCCCCGUGAUUGCAGCCGAAAAAUGGCACGUAGUAAGACAGUUUACAAUUAACGGUUGGUGCGGAUUGAAUUCUUUGGCCUGCCUGCCUUCCUGACCAAGGUAUGACCGGUUUACGAUGGUGAAUGAGAGAGGUACAAUAGAGAAUGCGAGUAGAUUGAUAACGUGCUGUUUUGGGCUUACUCUGCCUUUAUUCAGCCAAUCAUACACCUAACCUCCGGCCAGGAUCAGAAGCGUAAACAGGCUAAAACCCGAUUAGGAACCAUUUGCGCCGUGUAUGAGCAAAGGUUUUUGUUUCUGGUUGCAGCUGUUGGUCAGGGUUACGAUUGGCUGAAUGAAGGCAAAAUAGGCCCGAAACCGUGCUGCAUCAAUCUACCCACAUUCUCUGUCGUCCCUUCACCUCUGCUAUUAUAACUUGGUCGACUUCGGUCUGGUAGUUGGCUGUCUUCUUGUGAUAUUUGCCACCUAUGCAGAGCGAUAGAGAGUAACAGAUGGCGAGGCACUGAUGAACUUCGGUUCGAUGAAGUGCUUAUGACCCAUCUGGUAGGCCUCAGUGGUGGACCGACUGCGUCAGGUGCGUCUGUGAGCAUGUUUGUGUUUCUGGUCCCAGCUGCUGGUGGUCAGGGUUAUGAUUGGCUGAAUGAAGGCACAAUAAGCCCGAAACAGUGCUGUAUCAAUCUACCCGCAUUCUCUGUCGUCCCUCCUCGCUGCUAUUAUGACUUGGCGGACUUCGGCCUGGUAAUUGGUUGCCUGUUCGUGACCUUUGCCACACAUACGGAGCUUGUUUGCUUUGUGAAGCCAAUAGAUCGGUGUGCGCCCAUUCCUGAUUGAUAAAUACCCGAUCUGCAGCGACAGAGAAUGACAGGUGGCAAGGCACUGAUGAACUUCGGUUCGAUGAAUUGAUUAUGACCCAUCUGGUAGACCCCAGUGGUGGACCAACUGCGCCAGGUGCGUCUGUGCGCGUGUUUGUGUUUCUGGUCCCAGCUGCUGGUGGUCAGGGUUAUGAUUGGCUGAAUGAAGGCACAAUAAGCCCGAAACAGUACUGCAUCAAUCUACCCGCAUUCUCUGUCGUCCUUCCACCUCUGCUAUUAUGGCUUGGCGGACUUCGGCCUGGUAAUUGGUUGCCUGUUUAUGACCUUUGCCACCCAUGCAGAGCAUUUUGUUUCGAGAAAUCGAUAGAUUGAUGUGCGCUCUGCUUAUGUGAUAAAUCAUCAAAAAACACCAUUCCAAUGCUUCUAGUUCUUCCUACUUAGUCUCUCGAUGGUGCCUUAACAACCAACGUACCGGCCAUUCAACUUCGGCAGUUGGCUUCCCUGGCAGCCGCCCCAAACCGAGGAAGACAUGUCCAUUUAGUGGGCGGCGGGUGGAAGGGCUGUCUAGUGCGGCUACUGCGGUUACGUCAUCGAUCGCCACUUCACCAGAAUGCAUCUGGCACGCUAGUGAAGCCCACCGUGUCACACGACAGUACAUCCACCGAUCUGUCAUGGCCACCCGUGCUCCCCAUUUCAUGUGCCAAGGGAGGGUCGCGGCGACUUCUCCCGUGUGCGGCUUCUAUAUCAACCGAUUGUCCGAUUGUACAGUUUGACUCCGUCGGGGAACGGAUCGGCAUUUGUAGAGCCACGCGCUAUAAGCAGCAAUUUUUAAACUAGGUCUUGCCUCUGUUAUCUUCAACUUGGGUCAUACUCAUUAUAAUACGGUCAAGUCCUCCGCAAGGCAAAUGACCCCUGAGAAUACUAAUUACCGAAAAUGGACAAAUUGCCUCACUCGGUGGCACCGACUCACCUCCCCUCUCCCGGAAUUGCGCAUUCACCGUUGUCUCUCUUGACUUGUUUCGGGCUCUUUUAUUGGGGUGUUCGGAAAGUAAUGGCUUAGAAAUAUCAGGCAACGAAUGGUAGCGCUUUUUUGUCACAUCAGGGACACCGACUCACCUCCUGUCUCCCGGACUUACGCAUUAUAAUAGAAUUUACGUUAUUUUUGACUUCACUGUUGACUCUGGGAUGUUUGGAAAGUAAUGGCCUGAAAAUAUGAGGCAACGAACUGUAGUGUCCCUGAUGACUGUUUUGAAUGGCGACCUUCCGAAUGAGACUACUGAAUCGGACCGGGAUUUGGUCACAAAUGUUUACCGUGUCAUGUCCACUAUUCCACAAACAUCUCAAGCGGACUGGACAAAGUGGGAAUUUGGCUUUCACUUGAGCUUAUACGGCCUUCCAACCGGGAAUAACAGUCUGUCUAUCUGUAUUGCAUUGUUGCAUGCAUGAAGCCAGAGUCAACUCCAAAACCACAACCCAAUCCACAGAAAUCCGUGCUGUGAAACAUGAAAAACAGCAUUCGGAAUGAGUUACCGGAACGUGGAUGACCCUCACAGCAGAUGUCUAUUGUAAACUACGGGACUGUGUAUGAGACAAAUUACGUCUAAGGUGUCGUACUAUAAACAGGGGAAGGUUUACUUUCCAGCGUGACCAUUCAAGAUCACACGCCGCAAAGUAAGCUCGGGCGAAGAUAAAAUCAAUAGGAUAGGAAGUUCUUCCACAUCCUCCAUACUCACCUGACUUAGAACCUACGGACUUCCAUCUGUCCCGAUCACCAGCGCACAUUAUUGGAGGCAAGACAUUCAGAAACGGGGAGGAAUUUUAAGGUAAUGUUCUAGACGUCUUGUUGGCGAUGAGAAGGAUUUCUUGGAACGUGGGAUCAAAAAAUAUCUUCCCCCUGGACUGCCGUCGUUGAAAACCGUGGUGAUUACAUUCUUGCCUACAAGUUAUGCAGCUGGACUUUGUUUACCUUCGUUUUGAUAACCUUCUGGUAGGGCGCAAUCACUUUUAGAAUACGUCAAUAUAUUUUGAAGAUCUUUUCUUGUCUACUUCGAACAAAAUUCGUAAAAAACUAUGCUUCUGGUCGUUUAAAGCAGGUUGCUAGGAACGUGCGCGAUCUUCUGUUGUCGUCAGACUGUUUUUUUUUCAAGGCUAGCCCGUGCGUUUAAUCCGAGGAUGUUGGCAACCGUUUAGGAAGUUGAAAACAAAAUGCUCCAAACAUAGUAUUUUUUCCUCCUUUUUAUAUGCAGACGGCCUUUACUCUACUCUCAGUAACCAGUAGUUCAGGCCGUAAUUAACAGCAUACACAAAGACCCACGAAACCACCAUUUUCAAAGUAAACCGGAAUGUUCCGCCUACUUGAAGUUGUAAAACUGCAAACUACUGUCUUCAUUCCAUUCUCGCGGCGGAGCGAUGGAUUUGUUAACACUCAAUGGUCAAAGACCUCAGGCCAUCUAGGCCUGGGGCCUGGCAUGCCCAACUGACGAUGUCUAUUAAGCCAGAAAUGACCGUCUCGAUCCUUCUUGUUCUUGUCGGUACCCGUAUACGGUUUUUUAUAUAUUCGCCAAAGCAUGCGGCAUUUGUUAUUACAGCAAUCACAGGUUGUUAAACGAUCGAGUGGAUGGAGACGCGAUCACUGCAGCAAAAGCUUCAUUCUGUCUGAAGACGUACUUUACAUUCGACGGAACAAUCUACGAGCAGGUGAAGGGCACGCCAGUGAGUUCACAGAUUUCAGGACUCAUAGCCGAAGCGGUCCUUCAACGGUUGAAGUCACUGGUUUUCCGACAUCACAGACCAAAAUUCUGGGCUCCGUAUUUGGACAAUGCUUUCGUCGUCAUCGAACGGGAUCAAGUGCUGAAAUUCAAAGAACGUCUCAACGCUGUCUUCCCGAACAUUCAAUUUGCGAUGGAGGAGAAAGAGAACAACCAGUUGGCUUUUCUGGAUGUCCUCGUCUGCCGCAAAGAUUGUGGUGGCCUAAAAACCAAAGUGUUCAGGAAAGCAAUAAGCACGACGCCAGUACUAAAUUUCAACACUCGGUUGAUCGCAAACGCAGUUGCGUAAGGGCGCCAUACCGGCGCUUUGAGACACACUGCAAUUAAACGGAAGAAAAGGUUGCAAAAUUGCAACACCUACGACGGGUACUGAGAAUAAAUUGCUACCCGCGCAACUUUUGUCAACCAGUGCGUACGCAGGCGAAGCCAGAAACCAAAUCCAACCGGCCCUAAAUCCUAACGAACGCUUCCGUACAUGAGAAACGUCUCGAGAGCCGUCAACCGCCUUCUCAGUCCGCUUGGAGUUGGGGUUGCACACAGGACGGAAACAACCGUCAGGCGCCAAUACAUGAGGCCGAAGGAUCCACUGCCACGGCAGGAAACGUCAGGAGUCGUUUACCGGAUCUGGUACAGUUGCGGGCAGGAGCUGGGAGAUUACUCCGGACGCGCAUGACUGAACACGCAGCAGCGGUGAGGAGGAAAGACGCCAGCUCUCAGGUAACAGAUCAUUCCACGGAACCCGACCAUAUUUUAAAGUUUCAAGAGGCCGAAGUCCUCGCAAGAGGUGACAAUCGCGUAAGUCGCGAGCUGCUCGAAUCAUGAUUCUCAGGCCCCCAAUCCAUCAACAAGCACAAUGACCUCCCUAUACCAUAUUCGAUGCUAAAACAUUCCCUGAGCAGAGGAGUCGGUCACCUGGGGAAGACGCGGGCGCCCGACUAGCCUGGUGACAGUGGGCCAAAUGGCCGAGAAAUCAUCGCAUCAACAUCUAACACGGAUGAUGAAAUGGCGGCAAUUAAUGACUCUGACGCGGACUGACGAACUAUCAUCACCUUAAUUAGGACCCCCAGCGGUGAUCACAAGAACUGGUAAUUAUAGUACGCAUGUGGCCCCACGGCGGCUAUGUACUGGCGUCAUUAGCCAGCCAAUAGAUCCUCAAACGUUCCGCAUACCUUUUGGUUACAGGUAAUUUGCAACCGUACUCGUCCUCGGGUAAGAUAUCCGCUAACUAAGCUAUUUCAUUAAUUGUCAAUCUUCUGAACCACAACUUACGAGACGUCGUGACGGUUUUUCGUGGCAGUAAACAUCCCCUGACUGCGUCUUUGCGUCCGAAAGAUGUUGCAAAUUGCUAAAACUAGAACUUCACUCCAUCGACGUUUCGGUUUCACCCUCGAAAUCAUUAUCAGAAAUAACUCCAGAUACGAGUAAUGCGUGCACAAGACCUUACAGUGCUCGUGGGAAUCAGCCGCUAUUUGACGACAUACCUAACAAAAUUGCCAGCUUUCCCUUCAUCGCAACUUGUUGCCCUUGUGUGUUAAUUACUUUAUGACCGACAUUUGAGUCGUUACUCGCCGCGAUUUCAUCCCCGUGUUGGACGUUGGCGUGAUGAUUAUUCGGUCGUUCGGAUUACCGACACUGAUGCUGGAAACUGUGUUCGCCUGCGCGCUUCCCGUGUGACUGAUUAUUUUGUCCAGGCAACUCAUUGCAUUUGUUAACGGACUGGGGGCCAGUGGACUACAACUCAAGCAGCUCGCGGCUCACGAAUCUGUCACCUCUCUAGAGGACUUAGGUUGAGCCGAACUUGAAUGUGUGGCCGGGUCUCGUCAGGCGGGCUACGGCUUGGGGCUGGUGUCAUUUCGCCUCACCUUUGCUGCAUGUUCGGCCAUCCGCGUCCAGAGCAGUCUUCCGGAUUCUUCGAUGUACUUGCUGUUCACCGCUUUGUUAAGUAUACCGUCACAUAAUGACUGCCUCCCAUAAAUACUGCAACCUCUUGGACAUGAAUUAUCCGAGCAUGAACCCGAAAAGUCAGGCCAAUGAAGUUCUUGUUCCGGCUAUCACAUCCACUUCCUCCCAAUGUUUCGUAGGACUCGAAUAUUUCAGAAUUGACACCCGGCCCGAAAACCGCCGUUGGCAUCCUGAACUUCCUCCACGCGGGUCCACCACUUGCAAACAGGCUGGGAAGUAUGUUUAAAGGAAGCUUACAUCCGGGAAAAACCAAUGAUCCCCUCAAAAUGUAGUAAAGAGAAACCACAUCCGAAGUGAAGACUUAGCGGGUUUAUGGUCUGCAACAUCAUUAAGAAAAAAAUUGGGGCCGGAAGUAAAGUGUUCCUACCUGCCCAUCAUCUUUAAGGUCUCGAUUUGGAGCGAAGUUAAAAAAGGACUCCUCAUUGACUAGUUGUAUGUCGUUGUUCACCACGACUUUAACAGCAGGACUAACGUGCAUAUCACCAACUUGCUACAUAGGCUCGUUAUCAAGCCUCCAAAGUGGAUACAUCGACUGGCGACGACUUCUAUUGCGUGCCCCACAGGCUGUGGGCAGCGCGAUGACUUGUGCGUAGAGUAGUUUAUAGUGAGGCAGACUUGUGCGGCAUUUACCCACGAUCUCGCCUCCCCGACAAGGCUGAUCGACCCGUCUACACGUGCUACACACAGGACCUGGUCUCAGGUCGCCCCACGGAAUUCAAUCGUCCCGCCGGGCCUUGGGGCUCUCUCUCGAGCUGCACCAGCAGCCGCAUAACAGCGCAUAUUACAAACACAAUAGCACCACCGACAAAGACAAGGGAGACUGGAAUGGCCAUUUCUGGACUAUUAGCCUUCGUCAGCCAGCCAUACACAGUCCCGAGGUGUGUAACCCCUGAAACUCAAUCCCGCGACCUGCUUGUUAGACGUCUAACGCUCUAACCACUAAGCCAUGGACUCGCCCUGUCAGUUACAAUCGGGGAAAUACAAUGGUAAGGGGACGCGCACCGAUCCCGCUUUGUCUUGGGAUUCUCUUCCUCGGGCUUUACCAGCAGCCUCACAGCGGCACGUAAAGGCGACUCGGAGCUCAAAUGUGUGAGUAGGUCACGGAGGCCAGAUUUCGAAGGAACCACUGCAAUCCGACUCACUCCUUCAGUCAUUUCAAAAUACUCCCAUGGAGGGGGGGGGGAACGAGUUAGCCUUCGAAGCUACGAUUCUUAGCACGUUGUGGUAGAGUGAAGGGUCUCAUGUUUGUUGCACUGAGGAUUCAUCAAUUACCGAGCUCGAAGCGCAUGUGACUUUAAUCCUUACUGAUUAACGUCCUUCCUAGGGAGUUCGAUUGUUUGUUUACGCCAUUUUAGGUUGCGUACCGUAAACUAACUCACCUGCCCUUUGCCGUAUCUGCCAUCUUUGUGCACACAAAAAGUCCAUUGAAGUCGCACUGAAUCCCUUCGCUAUGUGGGUGCACUUGUGACGGCAUAGUACAGUCGAUUUCGCUGGUAUAACAGAAGUACGCCGAGUUAGCACAUUUACUUGGGGCUGACAGGCCUUGUGUGAGUUUUUCGCCAUUACAACAGGUUAAUUUGACUAAUUGGCUUGUCCUUGAGUCGGCCUGUAGUCUUGUCAUCGAUGAUGGCACCUAGCAUUGCAUACUUCCCUGUAUUGUUAACUAACGCGGAAUUAACGCUUCGAACUGUAAGCUACUCAGAAGACGAAGAUGCGACCACUGGAACAGAAAAUUUAUUGGCCUGACGUUUCGGAUUCCCACUCGAACCCAUCAUCAGAGACAUUCGCAGAUAAAGGUGAUGGUGGCACAGGGAGUGCAGUAUUUAUUGCACGUGGUUGCCCUGAGACCAUGUGCGACACUGCAAUUAACAGCUCUCGCAAUCACCGCUGGGGUCGUAAUUGAUGCGGUGAUGGCUUGUCAUUCCGCGUCUGAGUCGUUAACGGCGGCGAUUUCGUCAUCCGUUUUGGAUGCUGGUGUUACGAUUGCUCGGCAAAUUGGCUUACUGUCACUGGGAUAAUUGCUUACCCGCGCCCUCCCCACGUGACUGAUUCCGCUGCCCAGGGAAAAUCUCAGCACGGAAUACGGUAACGGGAGGUCAUUGGGUUUGUUGAUGGAUUGCGGGCCUGAGAACCAUGACUCGAGCAGCCAGCGGCUCACGCGAUUGUCACCUCUUGCGAGGAUUUCGGCCUCUUGAAACUUGAAAAUAUGGCCGGGUCCCGUCGAAUGAGCCGCAGCCUGAGAGCUAGCGUCUCCCCGCCUCACUGCUGCUGCGUGCUCGGGAAUUCGCGUACGGAGUAAUCUCCCAGUUUCUCCGACAUAAUUGCUUUGUCCGCAACUACACCAGAUCCGGUAAACGACUCCAGACGUUUCCUGCCGUGGCAGCGGGUCUUUUGGCCUCAUGAUUUGGCGCCUUAUGGUUGCUUUUAGCCUGUGUGCAACCCCAACUACAAGUGGAGUGAGAAGACAACUGACGGCUUUCGAGACGUUCUUCACGUACAGAAGAGCCCGCCAAAAUUUGUGGCCAGUUGGAUUUGAUCUCUGGUAUCGUUUUUGUAUGCACUGGCUGACAAAGUUGCGAGGCUAACCAUUAGCUCUCAUUACCCGUCGAAGAUAUUGUAAUUCAGCAACCUUGUCUCCCAUUUCACUGCAGUGUGCCUUAAAGCGCCGGUGUAGCGCCCUUACGCAACUGCGUUUGUGACUGAUCGAGUGGUUGCUACUGAAGCUCAGUAUUUGCGUCGUAUUUGUCGCUUUCCUGAACACUUUGGUUUUUAGGCCACCACAAUCUUUGCGCCAAACAAGGGCGUCUAGAAAGGCCAGCUAGUUGAUUUCCUUCUCCUCCUUCGUAAAUUAAAUGUCCGGGAAGACGGCGUUGAGAUGUUCUUUGAAUAUCAGCAUCUGAUUCCGUUAAUUCCAGUGCGCAUAUGGUCCCAUGACAGCCACGUGCUGUAAGUACCGCACUCCUUAUCUGCGACUGUCUCUGAUGAUGGGUUCGAGUGAGAAUCCGAAACGUCCGGCCAAUAAAUGUCUUGUUCCAGUGAUCGCAUCUUCGUCUUCUGAGCUGCUUCCUACAACUCGCCUGUUCGCUUCUAUCUGUAAGCUACUGUUGUCGCAGAAGCCAUCUUUAGUCAGCAGACGAUUUAGACCAGUCCACAUGUUCAGCUCACUCCGGUCUUGACAUUAAAAUGACUGUUAAUUUUCUUUUUAACUUCUAUGCCUAAUAGAGGAACCGCAAGAUGAGUGAAGUGUCGUCAUGUAGGUACUUUGAGAGCCCGCAGUUCACUUGACCCGCCUUCUCUGUCUUUUUAGGGUCGCAAAUUCAUGCGUCUGUUUGAGGUCUCUCUCAGAGCCGCACUCUCGCGAUCAUGUGGUUACAUCGUGAUCCUCAAUCCCCGCGCUAUUGGCAUCCAAGCCAGUCAUAUAGAAGAGGCGGUGACAUUGCUGCGUACUCAGAGGGUAAGUUGUAAUCAUCUGCUCCUCUGCGUGUCAUGCAUUUGUCGUCAAGCCCGGAGAGGGGGGGCUCCGACGGCUGCCCUUACGAUUGUCGUUGUUUUAAUUACUUCAUUAGAAGGUCAUUGGUGGAUGUACCCGAAAUAGACACCGUGCCUCGAGGUCACAGUGGGCGAGCAGGAUUGGAAGGCCGACUGCCGUUCGCAGUAGCCGAAUUUCAAACAUUAUCGAGCUGAAUCCGAAAAGGCCUGACCGCAUUUAUUCCUCAGAAAACUAGACAGUUUAGCAAUGAAGGCACAGCAAGGUCUCAUUUCGUAACCGUGCCUGUUAGGGGUUUGGGUUAGGGGUUAAAGGUUAGAGGCUAGAUUUAGAGGUUGGGGUUAAGGGUUAAGAUUGGGGGUUAGGGGUUGGGGCUAAGGUUGGGGUUUGGGAUUAGGGGAUAGGGGUUAUAGGUUAGGGGUUAGGGUUAGGAGUCAGGUACGAACCGACCUGAAGGCAUGUUGGCGAAGUGCACCGGAACCCAUUGAUAAGCGAAGCCCUUCGUGGCCGUACCAUGACGCAGCAGAAACACUGUCGGCGAUAUCCUUGUUUGGGUUUUUGCCUACGGUAAAUGUGCUAUCUCAUGAAAUUUUAACUGAAACUCCGAAACGCCUUUUCAAUUCGAAAAGAAUACUUACUUAAAGUUGCCCUGUUAAUUGUCUUGUCGCAUAAUGCCAAGAUGCUCCGAUCAUAUCAGGACGCCGGCUUUCGAGCGAGACUCCUGCUGACCGCCUACAUAAACCAUGCUCUUCAAGAAAAUGACUGAUUAGGUGGUAUGAGCUUUUCCCACUGAUCUUCGAUGCUCUUAUAAAUUCAAAUAUCUUUUAUAGAAGGCAUGCAUAAAAAUAUUCCUUCUUUUACUCAUUUAGCGGGAAAUUAUAUCCCCUCCGAAUGAUGUACUUGGAGAAAGAAUGUCUUUUAGUUGGAAAAAGUUUCCAAUCGUGAGAUUUUUAAAACCGUGAAAUGUCCCAUCAUACGGGAUCGUGUCGGCACAUUUAUUAACAUGGUCCACAUGUUAUUGCCGACAAAGACAAGGGAGACUGGAAUGGCCGUUUCUGGCUUACUAGCCGUCGUCUGCCGGUCAUACCCAUCCCGAAGUGUGGAACACCUGGGACUCGAUCUCACGACCUGUUAGUUGGAAGUCCAACAUCUCUAACCACUGAGCCACGGGCUCACUGUCCUAUCGGUUGCGAUCCGGUAAAUACAAUGGUAAGGGGACGCUCACCGAUCGCGCCACGGACCUCACUCGUUCUGUUGUGCCUUACGGAUUUUCUCUCGAGCCCAACCAGCAGCCGCACAGCGGCACAUAAAAUGGGCAGAAUGUUAUUACCGACAAGGACAAGGGAGACUUAAAUGGCCAUAUCUGACCAUAUCAGCCAGUCUGAUCCAACCCCGAAGUGUGGACCACCUGGGUCCGCACCUAUUAAAAAAGUUUAUGAGCCCUAUAUGACUUCUUCUUAAUUGAGUACAAAAAAGUGCGACUUUCCUUACACGGAAAACAUACAGCCUGCAGACUGGAAACUCUGAAUUCCAACGUAACGGGAGAUCAGAUUUAAAUUAUUUGGGAAUAAAGAAAAUCCUUUAAAGAGAGAAAGAGAGAGGAGUGCUUUAUUUUGAAAAUAACAUUCAAAACUUUCAGCAAAAACGGUCCUCCAGUACACAGUGAUUACCAUAAAGAUUAACAGGUAUUGGACAGGUGGACAUAAUUAUAUAUGAAGAAAAAAGGACUUUAAGGUGCAAGAUCAAGUUUUAGCUUUUGUUUUUCAGCAUCUUUACAGGUGAGAUACCGGGCUAGAAAUGGCAGUAUGGAAUUCUGAUAAGCCGAAGUGCGACAAGGGAUGUGGCGGAAGCAUCGACGCAUGGGGCGUAAGGAUUUCGCAGCCAUUAACUCAUUAUGAAGGGGAUGGCCGGUGUCAUUCAGAAUUCGGUCAGCAAAUUGCUCCACCGUAUUGAAGUGUCGCUGCACGAUGAUAUCAACUAAAACUGAAGGAUACUCUUUCGUCAAUUAUCACAUCUGAAGAUGUACUUGUCCACCAAAUGAGUAAAAGAAGGAAUAUUUUCAUGCAUUUUUUCUAUAGAAUAUAUUUGAAUUUAUAAGAGCAUUGAAGAUCAUUGAGGAAAGUUCAUUUUACUUAAGUAACCAUUUUCUUGCGGAACACAAUUUUCACAGGCGGCUGAUGAGGAGCUCGUUCGAAGAUGUGAUGUCGCAUCUUGGCAUUACGCGACAAGAAAACUAACGUGGCAACCUUAAUUAAGUAGUCUUUUCGAAAUGAAGACUCAUUGCGGAAUUUCUGUUAACAUUUCAUGAGACGACAUGUCUACUGUAUGUUGGGAGUACGGGGAAACCCUUGUAAAAUGGGUAUUGUUUAGUUAUUUCACGGGAGCUGAUUGUCUUCGAUUAAAAUGUUGGUGACAAUUUCGGGACCGAGCCUACGAAAUUCUUAACUUCACUUCCAUGCCUGGUGAUCAUUUACCAAAAACGAUCGAAAUUAUACUACUACUAUUACUACUACUAAUAGCACUACUCGUUUGAACAUGGGCAUUGCAAAGUUAGUCAACAGAAGUUGAGUGCUUUCGUCUCCAUCGUUUCUUAUAAUUUCGGGGUUGACCCAAAAAAUCACAAACUGAACAUUAAGUUCCAACACAUGCACAGGAUUUUGUUAAUGACUCUUCCGGAGGGUAUGGUUACCUAAUCUAAAUGUUUAGAUCUGAGGGUGUGUGCGAGUCCCAGGAAUGUAUGGAGGAGAACAACGUUGUCGCAAAUUGGCGAGGACGGGAACGAUUGUCUCCAAUUUCAUAUAUUAUAUAUAAACAAAUAUAUCCCACUACCGGAUCGUCCUCACCGUGGUGAGUGAGGAACCCCUUAAACAACUUGUAAAUCGGCAUUCUAGAAUUAUUCGGUAGCUUUUCGCAAAGAAAGAUUCGCUUAUCAGAGAACAGAUGGCAUUUAACAGUGCUUGUGUUUUAUUCAGCCGUGAUCAUACCCGACGUAGGCGGUCUCUUUCACGAGGUUUCUCGGGAAUGUUGAGUACAGGUGGACCCCAACAGCUGUUGAGAUUGUUUGCUUGAGGUUUUCUCCCCUAUCCCUUUAGAUCAAGAACCUAAUGGCAUAGAGGCGAUGACAAGAAAUUUUUUGACGAUGGCUCAUAGUCGCCACGUCACAAUGCCGCUAUUGUCAAGGUUUGCGGUAUUUUAUGAGGCACCCAGUGUGCCAGAUCCCGCCACCCCGCUGUCGAUCCGCAGCUGUCUAUUUUUCGGGCCUGAGAACCCGCCCUUUUCCUAUCUAACCUUCUCCGAAGACCAUUUGACUACUGGCUCUCCGUGGACGCCAGCAAGACGUUCUGCAGUUUCCGAGCAGUAUUGCACAGUAAGCCAGCGUAACCAUGCAACGUGAUGGUUAUAACGACAAGGGUGAUCAAAGGCCUCGACGAUGACAGGGGUUGAAAGUACGCUCGCUGUACGCACGCUGAUUUCGCAGCUGACCUUCGCUGAAGACAAUUCAACCAUCCGUUAUUCGGGGAGGCGCGAAGUAGCCAAUGGCUAGGCCUCCUUUACGCGCAGCGCGUGCAAUUGCGGUUUUUAUCCGCGCCUGCUUCCUCAAUAAAGAGCCUGGACACACUUUUUUCACAGGUUGCGUGUGUGGUAUCGCGUCCCCGGCGAGUUUUCAGAUGUCGUGAUGGGACCUGAUCACACUGUUGUGUGGGUUUGACCGACGAACGUUUAGUCAGCGGCGAAUGACUCUUGUGAGAAGACAAUCUUGUGGUUAAUCAAUACUCUCACCAUGUAGGAAGUAGCUCUUCCUACCUUUUCUGUGAAGAGUGGUCUAGGAAUUCAACUUCACUGUCUUCGUACCUAUCAACCUUAAAUCGCUGCAUAACGCGCUCGGUGGAAUGACGCCUGUUCACUUGAACACAUUUAAGGAAGGCAGACAGCGGCUCCAUACUAUCCGCCUAAUCCUGCUUUUCACCUCAGUGAAUCGUACUUGACUACUCGUCCUUCUUAGGUAAGCUAGCGCAUUUUAAAACCCCCACGACAACUCAUGAAGGGUGGAUUUGGUGGACUUGGAGAACCAGUGAUUUUAAAAACUUACGAAGCGCGCUCGGGGUUUUCGUUUAACCCCCAUAUGUGAUGUUCUUCACAACUGUACUUUUAGUGCACCCAGUUAGUCGGUUUUUAUUUUUCGCAGUUGUUUUCAGCGCUCGUGUCUGGCAAUGUACCAACCCGCCACGACUACCGAUUCAUCGGUCACGUGAUCGUUCACCCAGCUGCAAUUGUUUGACGGUUCUGUCGCUUUGUAGACGAAUGAGCAUGCUUGCUAGCAUCCGUUCUCAACACACCACUUUUUUGACUAGAAUUCUGUAAAGGCAGGUGUCCGCAUUCUUUAGACAGGUGUCGUGUACUGGAGGACCAUCUUGUCAAUUUUCUUAACUCUUUGAACAACCAAACGAUAACCGGUGACAUCAUUCGACCGCCCGAGCGAAGAGCGCCAGUCGAUAGAUAACUUUAACGCACCCUGUUCCUCAGGGCUCAAACAACGAUUAGAGCGGAAUAUCUGAACAGUUUGACCCUCAAAUUUCCCAUUUCAGUCCUAUCCUGCCCCAAAACACGAUGACGUUCUGUUCUGUGGUCAGAACAGAUCGGUAAAAGCCACGCUCCCUGAUUUCAGUCGACAGAGGCGAGCCGCGAGCCCCAGUUAAGGAGGAUGUCAGAUUUCAAUUGUUCAAUGACGUUAGACUUCAACCGCCCAAUCACCUGGGGCUUUAAAUGCUCUGAGAUACGACAAUAUCUUGUGGGCAUCCUUCUUUGUUGCAGCCGAAACUACAGUUGGAUUCAGCCAGAAAUGACCAAACACCAAUCUAUCGACUUCCCGAAGUAAACAAGCUCCAUAUGAAUGACGAAGUUCACGAACUGACAAUCAAUUACCAGGCCGAAUUCGGCCAAGUCAUAAUAGCAGCGAGGAGGGACGACAGAGAAUGCGGGUAGAUUGAUACAGUACUGCUCCGGGCUUAUUCUGCCUUUAUUCAAUCAAUCAUAACCAUGAUCAUUAGCUGCGACCAGAAACACAGACAUGCGUUCGCAUACACGGCACGGAUGGUCCGCAGACGAGGUCUACCAGAUGGGUCAUAAGCAGUUCAUAGAACUUAGGUUCAUCAGUGUCUCGCCAUUUGUCAUUCUGUCGCUGCAGAUCGGAUAUUUGAUCAGGAGUGGACUCAAACCGAUCCAUUGACUCCCUUAAGAAAGCAUGCUUUAAAUCUGAAAUGAUAGAACAUAAAAGACAGAGGGAUACCAGCACAUGUUUUUUUUCUGGACCCAGUUGGUGGUCAGCGUUAUGGUUGGUUGAAAGGAGACAGAAUAAGCCCGAAAAAGUUCUACAUCAAUUUACCCACAUUCUCUGUCGCCCCCCUCUUUCACGGUGCCAUCUACGAACUUAAUCCUUAAACAUGUGACACUUGAAGCCCACAGGCAAACCUUGGUCAAUCCAUGCGGACAGGAACACUAAUCAACCUGCAAUAACUGUUUUACUGACGGCGGCUGCUUCAAACCCUGGCCGUCUUCCAAGUCCAUAUCAACUAAUACGCCAGAUCGGACAUAAACCCUUCUCUGUCAGCGCUCGAUAACACAGGAAUGCAGAUCAGUGGCUUCCGGGUAUGCCUGUUACUGCAACUGUUGUCAUCUGCAGCCUGUUUUACUCAGAAUCGCUAGUGCUGCAUAGGAGAGUGAGACCGUCCCUGUGUGGUACUCCCGACACGCCUACUUAGCAUGGUAACAGGCAUGGGAGUAAGACUGUCAUGAUCCCCUCCUACUGCGUCAACUCCACCCAGCCAGUCAGGGAAGUCUGGUACACUGAGUGCUCGACACGGGACACGCAUCACACGCGUAGACGAAAGUCUAUGUCGGUUCCUGCGCCUGUAUCCAUUUCCAGUCGUAUUCACCUCAUGUUGCCAGAGGAUAAUGAUAGGUGUGGUAGCAACGGUGCUACGUAAGUCCUGACCUGCUUCCCUCGCCGUCGCAGGCGUCCAAAGGUAGCUUCCUGAAUACUGAGACCAUACCAAAGUGAGGUCACAGGAUUGAGAGCGACGCUCUUACACCGCUGUCACAGGAGGCAGUCUUUCGGGUCAAGAUAAGCCAGGAAUUACCUCGGGGAGGUGCUCCGUUCUUGACUGCCGAAAAGGGAACUUUUUAGACAGAACACUUGCGAUUGCCUGCCUUAGAUUUUCUUCCAAAACUUUUUCUGCGCAAUUCUGCCUUGGGAUCUGCCUGCUUGAUCUGUCCUUUACGUUUUUCUGAUGUUUAACGCCCUCCUGUUUGUCCACAUUUCUUUAUUCUAGGUAGACUUAGUGAUGGGUCUGACAUCCUCGUGCACCGAGAAACUCGAAGCUGCCGAACGUUCCGGCUCGCUGGCCCCUGCCGUUCGCGUCCACCCACGCUUCCAGAUGGGACUCUACCUGGUCGCUGUCACCGGCGGCAAUGAACUGGUUCUGGGGGCACAUCGCCUGACCAAGGGGGUCGAAUGGGGCACUCCAACUGCAGCCCAUCGCCUCUGGGCAAACCUGACUGCUUUUUCACCCAGAUGGACCUGUGUCUGCCUUCGAGACCGCCUCCCGGAGGUUCGUGCCUCCAAAUGGAUAUGUUAGAGCGCCUCUGAUUGGUUCAUCGUGUGUGGCACGCGCAGACCGGCCCCAUAAAUCUGAGCAGCAGUUUGCGUCGGCUUUUACGUCGGUUUUUCGAGACCUGGGAGGUUGCCCUUCUCAGGACAGGGAGUCAGGCUGCAAACAUUCCAUCCCCCUCUCGAUGAUUGUGUCGUGCUGGGGCCAUGUCGUACAGUAGGUGGGCUAAAUCAUGAAAUGUCAACCGAAAUUCCGAAGUGCGUUUGCAUUUCGAAAAAAUUAAUUAAGUAGGGUCGUAAAACUAGUCAGCCUGCAACAUACUUCUAUAAUAUUUAAGUUAACUCAGGAUGCCGGCUUUUAAACAAACUUCCUUCCGGCUGCAUGCAAAAACUAUAAUCUGUAAAAAGUGACUACUUACAAAAUCUAUUUUCCUUUUGAAAAGAUUAAUUAAGUAGGGUUGUAAAACUACUCAGCCUGCGACAUAUUUCUAUAAUAUCUUAGCUACCUCAGGAUGCCGGCUUUCAAAUGAACUUCCUUCCGGUUGCAUACCAAAACUACACUCUGUAAAAAAUGACUACUUAUGUGGCACGAAUUUUUCUCAUUGAUUUUCGAUGCUACUAAAAGUCCAAUUAUAUGUCAUGGGAAACGUGCAUAAAAAUAUUCAUUCUUUUGCUCAUUCAGUAGAUAAUUACGUCUUCUUCAAAUUUUAUACUCGAAGGAUGAAAAUAAUUCGGUUUUCAAAAAAGAUUCGAAUUGUGGGACUUUUAAAUACCGUUAAAUUUCCGUUCGUAAAUCGUCAUGUUUCUGCACUUACCAAUGCGAUUUGUAAAGUUAACAAUAUGGAUCAAAUCCACUGCCAAAUUUUAUAAAUCCCAUAUGGUCCCUUUUAUUACCGUAGAGAAAUGUGUGGUUUUCCGUACGCGGAAAAUAUAGGGCUUGUAGUUUGGAAACCCUGACUCCAAUUGUAACGGUAAAGCGCGUUCAAAAUUAUUCGGGACUUUAAAAAGUUCCUGAAAAUCGAAUCAUACCCUACCUUUUAGUAUAAAAUUAGAAGAAGACGUAAUUAUCUACUGAAUGAUCAAAAGAAUGAAUAUUUUUAUGCACGUUUCCCAUGAAGUAAAGUUGGACUUUUAGGGCAUGGAAAAUCAAUGAUAAAAAUUCAUGCCACUUACCUAGUCAUUUUUUACAGGGUGUGGUUUUUGCAUACAUCCGGCAGGAAGUUCAUUCGAAAGCCGGCAUCCUGCAGUAACUGAAUUAGUAUAGAAUUAUGUUGCAGGCCGACUACUGUUACAACACUACUUAAUUAAUCUUUUCAAAACGAAGACGCAUUUCGGAAUUUCGGUUGACAUUUCAUGAGCUAACCCACCUACUGCGUAUGGCAAGCGUAGGCGGGCCGUUAAAUACUGUCAACCACGUUUUCUCAAUCUUCGUCUAAAAAACUAAUUCACGUUCUUUGCCCCCCACAUCGUGGAUCACAUGAUAAACACUCGCGCGUGCGAUGGUCAAACUGUCGUGCGUGCGUGCGUGCGUGCGUGCGUGCGUGCGUGCGUGCGUGUGACCCUUAAGCCACCAUGUAGUAUAUGCUCUGAACUAACGAGGGGGCCAGAUUUGCAGCCGUUACUGACGAUGCAUACCGAAAACAAAUGCCACACACACACAGGGAGGUGUGGCGACACGCCUCGAUUCAGACUCCGCGCUACCCGUUGGCGCCAAAUCUCCCCUCCUGUCUUCUUGACCUUGUCAGGGCUUGGGAGGUUGGGAGGGGAGAGUGCGGUAGCCGUGUGCAAGUCCAUUGUCACUGCAGAUUAAUGCACCCACCCCCUCACGACUGUGGGACACAACGUAGACAUUGUCAAAAUCGACUGUCGAAUGUGGCGGACAUUCACUUUUGUUUGUAAGUUUCACCAGCCAUGCUAUGGAGCUUUAAGUGAUCUGUCGUCUUGUCUUGCUUAUUACCACUUUUGUUUUCAGCAAAUCGCCUACAGUAGGUUCUACUUGCUGUGCUCAUGUAACCUGGUGCACAUGAAACAGGAAUUGAAUCCUGUAUGACGUGCCUAGGUUGAUCAUUCGUUUUCACCAGCCACCCCAUCAGAUCUCAUCCACCGAUGUUUUACAGACUCAGACAAUCGUCUUAUUCUUUUCAGCGGGAAGACAGGGUGCGAUAGAUGCUGCGCAAGCUUGCCCUGCUCUUAACUAUUUCACGCGCAGGCCACCUUCGCUGAGCUCACCGAAAGGAGUAGCCGCUGAUGAUUUCGGCGGUAAAAAUGUACUGGUCGUAUUCUGUUAAGUGUAUAUAUUACUGCCAACAUUUUAGUACCAUGUUUAUUUACAGUUAGAUAUUGCAUGUACCGUUUUCAAUAGGGUUUUCAAAGGCAUUGCCUAUUACCCUUAAAAUAUACUGACUGACCUAAAUGUGUGCGUAUCGUGCCCAACAACGUGCGAGGCGCGCGACACACUGAACUGGAUCAGGAUCCAGUUGGAGGCACGGCGCGCGCCAACGGCUCCGCACAGAACCCGCACAUCUUAGUAACAGGUGCAGCACAUGUGAGAGAUGGGGUCACGCCUAUGUGCAGACUCGCGUCGCGCAAAAUUCUUGCAUCCAAUUCCAGCAUCAGAUAAUCGACCUGGGAGAGAAUGUGUGAAGUUGACUCGGAGGACUCUGUCUACAUGGCAGGCUCUUCGCUGUAGACGAUCUGACGGACGGGAAUCUAUCACGACGAGUUAAAAGUCUCGGCUUUGAAAGCUGUCAACUGAGAGAAUAAUUCCGAUUCUCACGGGAUGGUCGGCUUCCUCGUAAUGCGUCCGAUGCGCCAAUCUCACUUAGAUGAAAUCUGAACCAUCUCUUUGUUCAUUUUGGGCAGAACACGUUGUUUGUGUCACCCCGUGCACCCGAUCUCACCUCCGAUCGUCCUCGCACUGUCUGACCACCAUCGUCGUUCGUGACGGUCAAAGUGACUCUUUUGUGCUUGUUCUCACGUCAUUUGCCGCUCAUAUGUCAUUGUUUCACUGACGUCCACAACUUGAGACUUUGCGGACUUGUUCUCUUCUGGAGCAGAUAAUGAACUUCGAGGACAUUCCACGUCUGGAACCCCUUCUAGGUCUGCCAGUUGCUCACCUAGUGGAAGAUUCAGUCACAGUCAUCGUGCCGAUCGGGCCUGGUCACGCGGACGACCAACUCCAACCCCUGGAGGACUCGGAUAUCAUCGCAGCACCGGCCGUGUCCGGGGAGGUGGACAUUCAUCGGCUGCAUCCCAGUCUGGAAGAGACGCUGGACCUUAUUCAACGCAAUUCGUCUGGUUUACGUCGCAUACAGGUGAGUGUUUAAAGACCAACUAGAACCGCUCCCUAGUCUAGCCGAAGCAGAGGAAUUAAAGCAGACAGUAUCUAAUGUCGUUAGCCAAGCUGAUGAACUCUGUGCCGCGAAAAAUCUUCCCUGGAAUCGUUAAAUAUUAUAUUGUUUUUAGUGCGUUGGGGCGCCUCUAUCGGUCUGACUGGCAAGAAGCCCAACGGGUGUAUGUAGUGUGUUCCUGUCCUGGAGGGUAAUGGCGGAAACUUACGAAAAUUCUCAUUGCAGUAUUCAGAAGACUAUUUGGCGAGCCUACAGUUGGUAACCUAACUCAUGAAAGAUGUCCAAAUUUACGAAUAAUUGCCAACCACUCGCAAACCGACACCAUUUAAUGAGUCCAAUGUCUAUGCUAAUUGAAAACAUAAAAGAAAUAUUAAAGGUAGUGUAGCGUUGUUUAGAAAUGCCGACUUUUUUGCGAAAGCGCAAUAUCCCGAAAACGUCAGAAAUGGCUAUAAUUUAGAUAACUUCGUUUUUAAAUGUAUAGAAUGUACUCGCAUACCAAAAACGUAAUAAAUAUGAAGGUAGAAAUAAAAUAACGUCUAAUAAUAGUGUUCCAGUGAAGUUUACAUCUAAAUAUCGUUUAAUAAUUAGUGUGAUUUCAUAUAUGACGGUUUGUCAACUGCCUACAUUCUGAGUGUAGAUUCCAAGGGGGUUUUCCAGAAAUUCGUGGUAUUCUUGACUCGUUUGAAUUAAAUGAGAUGGGGUUCAAGAGGGGAUGCUGGAUGCUCAGAUGCGUAACCGGAAUUUAUGACAUGUAUCAACAUAAGAAAUUGCACGAAUGUAUUCCAACGUCUAUUUUCGCUAAAAUUUACUGAUAUUUUGCUUUAUAUAAUCACGUAAACACAAUUUCUGCAUAAGAAAAUGACAGUUUAUUGAAGGAAGUGGAUGAGCGAACCAAAUUCGCAACAUUAAAGACGUCCAGAAAUUAUCGCAUUAGUUUCAUUAUCAGAUUUCAUGAGAUAGGUCACGUACUGUAUGCUGAUUAAGUACAACUUCAAAAAAAUUAAAAACAAAAGAACUAAUAAAGACUGUGUCGCACAGAUCUGCUAAUAUGAUUUCUAAAGAUCGAUAAAACAUCUGUGUUAGUCAUUUGGAUUCGCACGGUUAGCAUGGGACAGGAAAUCAAUUUUCAAGUGCGGCAAGCUCUGUUUAGUAAAACUGUCGAGAGUUACCUACUCUCUUUCCAAUAAAAACACGUAUUAGCAUAGGAAAUUGUCCAGCUAUACCGCUUGGCAGCGACGUCGAAUCGGCGGCUGCAACCUUGAGCUCACGCUCCAGUCGACGAUGAGCACGUGAAAAUCACUUGAUUGAUCUUUCUUCGACGUACUGAGUUAUCUUUGUGAUGUUGUCGCAGCAAGUGCGAACUAUCUCAUUCGAAAUUAAGUCGAUGUACUUUACUGGAAAGGUAAUUCUCAGACGACUCUCAUCAAACAGCGCCAGUCUCCGUUCGCCUCCUACAUGCGAACAGACGGCAACUCCUGACGCCAACAGAAGACGGAUGUCUCCCGCUUAAUGUGGCCCUUAUGACCCUACCACUCAGCUGCGAUCCAAGCCGUCGCGUCCUUCAGCAUCCUGGUCAGUUGUGCGCUGUAAACCAAGGGGUGUGGUUGUACGCCUAUGUGGCUGUUUCCUGUCACCUGCACUCUGUCAUAACGCCAAGUGCAUUUGGUGGAGGAUGAGCGGGUGCGGUAGAUGCGGCGCAAGUCGGUAGGAUGUGAUUAUGUAGCCGCACCUGAUGGACACAAUACUGUUGACCAACUUAUUUACUUUGAUCUGGUGUGGGUUACGUUGGCAUGAGGUUGCGGUGUGCGUUCUGGUGGCGACCUUGUUUCCUUGCUGCCGUGUCUACCUUUUUCGGCCGAUGGUCUUUCUUGACUUUCGGCCUGUCGUCUCCUUCUAACUUUCGCGUUGAAUGUUUCAGGGUUAGGGUUUAAGACUGCGGUUAAGGGUCUGGAUUGGGAUGAGUGGCUAGGAGUUAAGGUCAGGGCUUACGGUUAGGCUUAGGAGUUAGGGUUAGGGCAACCACUUCUCAAACACUCAAAGUACAACUGCGCAUUCGCAAUAGUUUUUCUUUUGCGUACAAUUACCUGACCUCGUCGCCUGUGGGUUCCCCGGCCCCAUCUGUAGAAGCCCUUAUUAUCAUCAGUGACUGGCGUUUGCCAGGUGCGGCUACAUAAGCACAUCUGACCUGCAAGUCUACUGUCACUAUAAUCUAAUCCAAACGCAAGUCACCAUCCCUGCCCCCUACCCUUCUGCGGAGCAUACGGUUGGCAUCAUUGAGACCGACGGUCAAACUGUCAAGUCAUUCGUUGGGGACAGCACAUUCAGUCAGUUACAGGACUUGACGCCAGCCGGACCAUGUCAUCCUCGUAGUCGACAUCGUUCAGCCAUCAUCCUGGUAAAAACUCGUCAUUUUCAUAGCUGCACAGCGUCCCUCUAUGAGUCCGGUCAAGAAGGAUGCAAUCUUGUUGAAAUUAAACUAAAUGCUGCACAGUCGAGUGAUAUUAUUGGGAACCACUACUUGCUAUAUUUCAGUAAAAAGUUUAAUUAAAUUUAUUAUCGUCUCCAACCCAUCGCCUACGCUUACCGACUUGCACCUAUGCAACUUUUGUCACGGGAUACAAUCUUGUCGAAAUUAAACUAAAUACUAAACAGUUAGGUGAAAUUAUUGUGCACCACGAUAGUGGAACGAUUAUGGACCCUGAUCGUGACAAGGAGUCUUGUCAGCACGCCGUCCAACGGAUUUGAAGGCUUGAACAAAGUCAGUAACGCUGGCAACACCUUGUUGUUCGUAGUCACGGUGGAGUCCCAGAAUGCGCCGCAGUGUAGAUAUUCGGUUGGCACGCGCACACUUAGUUCGGAACCCCAAUUGGUUGGGUUCCACGCAGGAGUCUGAGCCCGCCUGGGGGUGACGAUAUCAAAGAUCUUUGCUGCAGACGCAAGAAUGGAAAAACCGCAGUCAUUAAAUAAGAUCCCAUCUUGGGUUGCAGGAUACCAUGCUAGCGGCACAGCUAUUAGCUAAAAAGCCCAGACACGUGCGUUUCGUCGAUAUUCUGCCUCCGCAUGGCACAGUUGCGAGGGCUUCGGCUCAUCAGUGGGUUCCCCAGCAUUCCGCAAGUGUUCAUGCAUCAAAUUUCGGUCUACGACCAGUUCAGACUGACCUACCACAAGUUAGCCGUUAAUUUCUGAGAAAAUUAAAAAGCAACAAUUCCUAAGCUGGAGUAUCUAGCAGAAAGCACACAGGGAAUGCUGUGGGACUCUCUGAAGAACCAAAGCCCUCGGAGCUGUGCCAUGCAGCGGCAGAAUAUCGGCGAAACAGGCGUGUCUGGGCUUUUAGCUAGUACCUGUACUGUUAGUAUGGUACCUUCUGACCUACUAGCUGCCAAUCCACUGUGGCUGAUGGAAAUCGGCCCGAGUAUUCAUACAUCAAAUUUCGGUCUACGGCUAUCGACCUUAGUUCAAACUGAUCUACCCCAAGUUAGCCGUUUAUUUCUGAGGAAAUCAAAAUGCAAUCAGAUCUCAUCUCUCCGCGCUUGCUCGAUUAUUUCAUGGAUUCAGGGUGUCAGUGUGCUGAGACAAGACUUGUAAGCUUCGGUGGAAUAUCGUCUUUUUCGGUUGCCUUUUGGGUUGCAGUCUGCGUACUGCAUCCACGGCUUCUUCCUGAGAAGGCGGCGGGCCUCAGGCGACACUGCGUUCUGUUGCAGCGGAGAGCGACGACGUUUGUAGAUGUGCACAACGGUUGCAACCUUGGAGUCCCGUUUUUGUCGCCACAUCUCAUGGGCUAUCGAGGUAGGCUUUUUCAAGAUUUGUAGCCAAUCGUACUUGUUGGCUUUGACUGGAAGUGCGUCUACUUCCGAUGUCUUUCCGCUGGGCAGUUGUUGCACUGCUCUGGUCGGACGCUGAGGUCGUCGUUGGUAUCCACUUGGGGUAGUCGGGUGAUGUGUCCUUUGCAUAUUGCGGACGGGUGGUUGAGGACGUCCUGAGGGCUCACGACCCAGCGUUCCAGGAUCUAUGACAUCUCCGUCAGGAUCGUCGCUCAAUCCUGGCUUGCUAUUGUGAUCCGCCUGGUACUUGAACUCCCCUGGAGCGUAUACGCACUCGACCCUUGUCCCCAAUGUCAAAGCAACAGACAAAGAAAACACGGCCGGCCACGGAACGUGUACUAGAAAAACACUGCAAGUCGCGACUAGCUGAAGGGUGACGCAUACUUAUACCACCCUACUGUGGUUCGCCGGCAUUCGGCCCAAUGACCUUGGGGAAGAGGGGAGUGGCCAAUGGAGGGGCGCCUGAUUAAGAUGACAGCGCUGUAGAGAGAGCAAACGCACGUGGUCUCCAGUGAUUGGUUGGCUCUGGUUUUUGGGGGUGUAGGUGCUCCCAAUACUUGCGGACCGUAAACUGCUCUUAUGGCAGCGAAGAAAUUCCUCAUCUCAUCACGGGCGCCAUAUCCCGGGGUUUUCUCAACUUUGUGAGCCUGAAAGUAGUUUGGGAUCUCCCACGACUCCUGCUUUACUGCCGUCGUUAGUAUAUGAAUGUGUUUCUCUGCGAAGAGGACGCUGAUUUUUUCGUCAUUGUCCUCAAACCAAAUCCUCGUGCUGAGGGCUUCCAUCGCGGUGAUAUGAAUGAUGUCCCGCGGCCUCCGCUGCUAGGUUUUGGCAUUGGUAUGCGCCGUCAGGGUUUGCAGGGUUUGGAGUUCAUGCAACUACUAAAAUUUAACCGAAGCUCAGCCUGAUGUUAACUCACAUUUUGAUCGGCUGUGUAGUUUCAGUUGGCGCCUUUCGCUGGGCGGUGAAUCCCCCUCCGCACUGCCCACGCCUCCAGCAAGGGCGCAUCUACGUCGUCUUCUCUCGCAUUGGGAGACAGAUCAGGCGAAGGUCGUGUUCCGCACAAGCCUGCAAGAGGAAAGGGUCAUCGCUGUUGCGACUGUCGCUGCCACGGCUACCAACCGCGCUCCCUCCCCCCAGGCAGCAUGAUCGGUACGGAUGCUGACAUUUUGGACAGCCAGUUGCUAGGAGGAGAUAAAGGUCAUUGUGGGACUUGUUCCCGGCGUCUUCGGAGUUUACACUUGAGAAGGUGUAGGCGCCAACGGUGAUUUCGUUCCCGAGGAGUGGCGACCUCAUGAGGUGGGACUAUGGACCGCCGUAUUGGAGAGUUAGUGUUAGGAUUGGGAUCAAGGCUAGGACACGGGGUAGGUAACCGCUUAGAAUACAGAAAGAGGCCACCCGUAGUAGGGGGGUCCAUAUCUCCAUUUCCGACAUGCAUCGGUCGCGGACAAAGACGAANNNNAAUCCGUGAUUAUUGGUUAGUUAUGGCCAGAUCGGCUAGGACGAUAUGCAGAAAGCAGACGUAACCUUAAUUAUAACCCUAACUAUAAUCCCUAAUCUUAAAUCUGUCACAAAACCAAUCGUAUUCUUCGUCGACACCUUAACCCGAAUAUAACAUGCCUACUUAAAUGAAAUAAGUAGGCGCGUGUUGAGCAUAAGGGCUAGGGGAGAGCUAUAUACAUCAUCCUUACGCAUUCGUUUGCAUGAAUAACCGCGUUUCAGGAAUUCAUCGAUUAUAAUCUGCAUCACCGUUCGUUCUCAGCUGUGGUUGAGUUAUGGUAACUGACUGAUUUAAAAAAGAUUGACCUAAGCUAACUGAAAGCUUGCCCAUUUACAAUUGCACUGCAGUUCCAUCAAUUAUUUGUAACUAUAAUGUCCCCUACCACCACAAGUUCUUUUGGGUGCCUGCUCAUGGAUUUAUUCCAGCAAGAUCUUAAUCAGACUUGUUUGCUCAGUCUUCAGCUUCCAACCGCGGGCCAACCACUCUUCCUGUAUGCAUACUACCUCCGGUGUGUCGGAGGUUAUCCCAAAUCCUCCCGACUCCUCCACACAAUCGACCUCUGUUUGGCGAUUUCGCGUCGGGUAGGCCGUGUGACGGUCGCUAGAUCGACAACUGCCUCGGCUGGCAUCCCCACGAAUUGGCUUCUGCGUCAUGGCGCGGUUCGUGGAGCCUUUUACGCCAGUCUCGUGACAAUCGCCCGCUUACUGGGCACUUCUCAGGAUGAACUCUCAGAAGCUCUUGUCCUUCCAGAGUCCCGUGUGUUAGCUAAGCGUCGCACUCUCGAUCAGAGUAGUCGUCAACACAAACGCCUCCCUUUGAUCCAACCCGACUACCUCGAUGGUUACUAA